CGAACGACGAAAAGAUGGCGGAACUCAAGAAGCUCGGCACGGGAGCGAAUGAAUUGAAGAUCGAAGUCAACUGCUGCAACGUCAAGAAGCUCGAUUUGAAGUUCUACGGCAUCGAAAAGCCGCGCUGCAAAGUCGUGUUGAAGUACAAGGACCACGAGUACACGAGCGAAGAGCUCGCGGGCUUGGACCCGACGUGGGAGGAAGAGUUCAUCUUCUGCGUCGAUGACGUCGAGAACGAUAAGAUCUCCGCCGUGUUUUAUAUUUGCGACCAAAAGUUGGGCGACGAGCAGCACUUCGCGUUGAACAAGCUCUUGCGAAAGAAGCAGACGUUCAAGGGCCUCGUCGUCCCGGGGGGUAAGGCGGACUUCAUGUUCACCGCGCUCAACUUUGGCGAGGAACAAGCGGCGGAAGAAGACGACGCGUUCAUGGAUUUCCUUUAGAUUAACGGCGCUCGUCGGCGCGGGUUUGGAUGCGCCCGAAGCGAUUGAUGAAAAACGCAGACACAUAAACUU